GCAACCAAAACGCCCCCAACCCAGUUCAAAAAUCGAAUCCGCCUCUCCUCUCCUCGCAUCUCACAUUCUCUUCCUUCUCUCUCUCCUUCCUCCGCCCUCCGCUCGCCGCCGCUCCGGCAACCCUCAAUUCCCCGACUCGAACCAAGUCUUCGCCCUCUCCAAGGCCCGCCGCUCCCCCGAAACCCUCCACCCCCGUGCCGCCGGGCCCCAGAUCUCGGCGAUGGGAGCGGAUCCGGCCACCUCCUCCGCCUCACCGCAGUCCGCGCCGCCGCCGGCGUCUCCGCCACGGGAUCCGCCACGAGGCGAGGAGGAGCGCGCCGCCGUGGAGCCCGAGGACCACCGGAGCCCGAGUCGCCACGCGCUGCCCGCCGAUUCGACCCCCGCGCCGUCGUCCCCCGCGUCGCUGGCGCCGAUGCCCCAGCAGCCCAAAGUGUCGGGCGAGGACGCGGUGCCGGCCAGCGAGGAGGUGGUGGAGGAACACGCGGCGGCUGAGGAGAUCGUGGAGGAACAAGAUGCGGCGGUUGCAGGAGGAGAAGGCGAGGCUCUCCGCAGCUUCUUGGAGGAGUUCGGGGAUCAAGCAGACGACUGCCUUAUCCCGUCGCCGCGGCUGAAGGGGAUUGCAACGCCAGACCGCCCUGCCGCCCUCCGGUUCCUAGGGGACAGGUACAACAACCUGAUGGAGAAGUACAAGCAGCAGGUGGCCAAGUGUGACGAGGAGUGUGCACCCAGGUUUGAUGGCUUGAAGAAGAAGUACACGGCGGAGUGCGCAGUGAGGCGUCGUUUGUACAAUGAGCUCAUUGAGCUGAGGGGAAACAUCAGGGUGUUCUGCCGGUGCCGGCCUCUAAGUGCCGAUGAGAUAUCCCGUGGGUGCUCGUCAGUGGUUGAGGUCGAUCCGUCCCAGGAGACUGACCUUCAGUAUGCUCCCACAGAGAAAGAGAGGAAGAGCUUUAAGUUUGAUCAUGUUUUUGGACCGGCUGAUGAUCAAGAGACUGUAUUUGCUGAGAGCUUGCCAGUCGUGAGGUCAGUGAUGGAUGGUUUCAAUGUUUGCAUCUUUGCAUACGGGCAAACCGGAACUGGGAAAACCUUCACUAUGGAAGGUAUUCCAGAGAAUAGGGGUGUUAAUUACAGGGCUCUCGAAGAACUGUUCAGGAUCUCUGAGGAGAGAAGCUCAUCUGUUGCAUACACAUUUUGCGUGAGUAUACUGGAAGUCUAUAAUGAAAAAAUCAGGGACCUUCUUGAUGACAACUCUGAACAAACAUCAAAAAGGUUGGACAUAAAGCAAAGUGCUGAUGGGGCACAAGAGGUGCCUGGUUUGGUUGAAGCUCCAAUUUAUACAAUAGAUGGUGUGUGGGAGAAACUGAAAGCUGGAGCUAGAAAUAGAUCUGUUGGAUCAACCAGUGUAAAUGAACUGAGCAGCCGCUCCCAUAGCUUGGUUAGAGUCACUGUUACGAGUGAGCAUUUGGUGACUGGGGAAAAGAGCAGAAGCCACAUGUGGUUGGUUGACCUUGCUGGAAGUGAGCGCUUGGCUAAAACUGAAGUAGAAGGAGAGAGGCUGAAGGAGGCAAAGUUCAUCAACAAAUCACUCUCUGCACUGGGUGAUGUUAUUUCUGCCCUUGCCUCAAAAAAUACCCACAUCCCAUAUAGGAAUUCCAAGCUAACUCAUCUGCUCCAAAGCUCAUUAGGUGGAGAUUGCAAGACACUUAUGUUUGUGCAGAUUAGUCCAAGCUCUACAGAUUCGGGAGAAACUCUCUGCUCGCUUAAUUUUGCUAGUAGGGUUCGAGCUAUUGAACAUGGACCUGCUCGUAAACAAGUGGAUCCAGCUGAAAAUUUCAAGCUCAAGCAGAUGACUGAAAAACUCUGUCAUGAGGAAAAGGAAAAUGCUAAGUUGAACGAAAGCUUGCAACUGAUGCAGCUCAAAUAUGCUUCUCGCGAAAAUGUCUUCAGAACACUUCAGGAUAAGAUAAGGGAGACUGAGCAAGCAUGCAGAACUCAUCAGCAGCGGGUUAGAGAGCUGGAGAAUGAAUUAGCUAAUGAGAAGAAGGCUGCGAGGGAUACGGGUAGAUCCACAUCCACGAGGCCAUCAUUUGCUCCCGUAAGGCAGCAGAGACCACCACUUGCUCCUAUGAGGCAGAGACAAGCAAGCAACAACAUACAGCCACUGCCAGGCCCUUCCAGACUGAGGCUUGCUGGUAACGGAACUUCAGUUCAGAACAAAGAGAACAUCCCUGUGAUGAACAAAGCAGUUGUAGGCAAGGCUGCUGGUAAAGCACGGCGUGUAUCUUUAGUUCCUACGAUGCGACAGAUCCCUCUCCAGCCUAAGAGGCGAUCCUCGAUUGCGAUCCUACCAAGCGAGAGAGAGAGGAUCUCUGUAUUUCCUGACAAGAGGCCAAUGUCUCGACUGUCCCAUAUCCAAAUGCCAACAAGAGCACGGGCUACUUAUAAUUCAAUUCAACAAGCAGCAGCAGAACCGGCGGUUGAUGCAACUCCUGAUGUCAGAGGAAAGUUCAAAGGAUUCGAGUUUGGCAGCAGCAGUAAGUUCUCAAGCCCUCCAAUGUGGAAGUCAAGGAACAAUAUUGCAGGUUCUGGAAAUGCGAGCAAGCUAUGCUACAGUAUCCAGAAAAGAGUAGCUCUUGGUUCAUCACCUGCUCAACCACGACCUUCCUUGAUGUCUGGUGCUGGCAGCAUCUUCGAUCCAGCAGUGCGUGACCAAAUAAUGGCAGGGAGACUCGGGAAUGCGCAGCGGGUGUUCAACUCCAAGAGGAGAAUGUCUGUCCUCUAAGCGCUUGUUUUGGAACUGAAGAUGGGUAAAUGUUUGGAAUGUUCAAAUUGCUGCGGAACCGGGACAUUGCUUGGAGAAGGCCAGUGGCUGGGAGUUUGUGUUGAUAGAAGAACUUGUGUUAGGGUGAUGAUAAAUGCUCUACUUUUAGGGCUGUGUAUAAUUAUACCCUGAUGGGUUUGUUGGAUUAGCUAUUGGCAUCUGUCUGGAUGCUUUCAUUUCAUCCUAGAAGCUGCUUGCUUAUGCUACUUUUAUAAGAAAACCAGAGUACAUCACUCAAUUAUUCUAACCUGAAUCUACAUCUGAAUAGUAUUCAGUUGCAUGUUCGGUUUACAUGCUUUCA